AAAUGACGCCAUUUGUUGUUAUCCAGCGCCCACCCCCUCGCCAUUGUAGCAUGGAUGCGAGUGUCUAUCGCCUAGCUACCGUUACAAAGCUAUACAGGAUUAUUUAAUUUGCAGGCCAGCGCAUUUUGGUCAAAUUUCUGACUUGUGCACACUUUAAAGAUUCAACUACAACCGGCUGUGGCUUAGUGUGGUCCACUCGAGAGCUUUUACGUGAACGUUUUGAGACGGACUGUCUAGGCUGCUUCCAUAAUCAAAAUGGCGGACAACGAAGAUGAGAGCAAUAAUACAAACGGCACCGCUUUGACAGAGGUCAGUCCUGUAAGUGUGAGCGGAUCUCAGACGAGCGUAUCGGCCACCACUAGCUCUCAGAUUGAGGGUGAAAAUGGAGAUGGCAGCGUUAAAGUAGUGGUCAGUGGUGAAGGGGGCGGUGAACAAGGCCUGUCACAGUUGGUAACCAUACACAGCGAAUCAAGCGCUGAUGGCAAAGCUGUUGACGGAUCUUCAGAAGUGAUCGGCCAAAUUUUGGGCGCCGAAGUCCUAACGUCGUACGUGCAAGCGUCUGAUAACGCAGAGGACACCGUGACCACAGAGUGUACGACAAUCAGCAGCGAUUUUCUGAAUGCUCUCGGGCCCGCGACCACCAUCAUUUACGUGCAGCCUGACGGGAGUUUCGUGGAGAGCUCUGGGCUCUCUGUGGAGGAGCAGCAGCAGUUACUGGAGCAGCUGUCCAAACAGCAGCUCGUGCAGGUCACCGGAAACGAAGCGACUCGACUGAUCGAGCAGAGCCAGACACCUACACCGGCACCUACACCGGCACCCAAACCUGCCCAGAGCGCCAAACCCGCCGUCAUAUCCAGUGUGGACGUGCAACAGGUUAUAGAUCACGUUAACAAGUCGCAGGUGCGCGCGCAGGCUGAGCUGACCCGCUCCCACACCACCACCCCUAAAAUCCUGCAGAGGAACGUCCAAGCUCAGACUCCCUCAUAUAUAACUCUAGAGGCGGGAAAUGUCAUUUCAGGACAGCUGACGACCACAUUACAGCCACAGCCGUUUACAAUCGUGCAGAACGCAUCACAGCAACUGCAGAGUGUCGCCAAACAGGUGGCACUGCACCAAUCACAGAACGGGGCACAACCCAUUCAGCAAAAGCUAGCUGAACCCAUCCACAUUCAAAUGCAGGCUCCACCGAAACAGGAAAUCAAGCAACGCCAGUCCACUCCCAUCACCAUCCUCCAGCCGCAAAGCCUGCCAGUAAGCCAGUCUGUGGUGAAAGUUUCCACUGUAGGCACAGUCAGUACUCCUCAGAUUAUCCACAUCACACCUGUGCCUGGACAGCAGCAAUAUUUCUUACAGAAUCCAGGAGAACCUCCCAUUCAACUUCUCCUUCAGAAACCUGCUCCUGUAGUUAGCAGCAUUUCAGUUCCGAUUGUGCAUAAAGUCCAAGCUCCUGCCUCUUCCUCUAACUCUGUUCCUGCCGUAAAGAGUCCUGCAGCCAAGCCAGCCACGGUCUCCAUCCAUCCCACCUUGAUUUUAACCCCUUCCACUAGUGUUUCAUCCACAACCACCAAGGUAUUAACUCCGCCCACGAAGGCCACAACAGUGGUCACCAAGGUUUCGGCUCCGGCCAUUGAAAAAGAGAAACCCAAAGUGAAGAACCGCCAGAAAAAGCCAUUGAAAAUCCAGACACGCUCUGGUCGAGUUUCUCGUCCACCAAAGCAUAAGGUAAAGGACUACAAGUUCAUCAAAACUGAGGACUUGGCAGAGAGCCAUCAGUCAGACUCUGAUGACUACUCUGAGAUCAGCGUGGAAGACGAAGAGGGCAAUGAGGGCAAGAAGAAGACAGAUGUUGAUGGUUUGUCCCUCCGCAGCAAAGCUUUUAAAUGUGAAACAUGUGAGAAGUCCUACAUAGGCAUUGCAGGUUUGAACAGACACUAUAAACUCAAUCCCACUCAUGACAAAAGUCAGACAUCAACUCCAGUUGUGAAAGAAGACUCCAAACCCACGGAAGAGCAAACACAUACUGAAGCAGCUAAAACGAGUCCUGUGAAGGAAGCCACGACUCAAAAAGUGCAAGCAGAUUCUACAAGACAGAUCGUACCACGGCGGCCUGGGAGACCUAAGGGGUCAGGCAAAUCUAGUCUUCCCAAAAGGCUUGGACGGAAACCGAAGAGAGGGAGACCGGGACGGCCACCUAAACACCAAACAGCGCUUACUAUGGAGCAACAGGCACAGAGACGAAGAAGUCGACUCACAGAGUUUAUACAGCAGUAUGAUGAUGAGGACCUGAUGGAGAUUGUUCUUCCUCGCCUGGCUAAGGUCAUGACUGUAUGGGAAUUUGUGCUAAUGAAGGUAGAAAAUGGCCAUUUGUCCAAGCAGCAGUUUCCCAGUGUAUAUCAUGAAUUUGAGCAACUCCACAGCCAGGUGAAGAAGAUGGCACAGGAGCACUUUAGUAUUUCACCAGCUUCCCGAGCAGCUAUAGAGGUCACCAAUAUGGAAGUCUUAAAAUCACUGGGAAUUACUGAUCCGUCUAGUGCAUUAACACCCUUGAACUCCUCUAAUGGACAGCAGGGUACGAUAAGAAAUCAAGCUACAAAGAGUCCACGGAAUAUUGAGAAUACCAGGAUGUUGCCUCCAGCAAAGAGGUUCAAAAUGGAAAACUGCUGUGGAGAAAACGACUCUGCGGUUAAUCAGAACGGUAUUCAGAAGCAUGAGGCUAACGAGGACUCCAUGCUGCUCCGGGAGCCACAGGUGGUCCUGACCCGUCUAGAGAACUUAACGAACACUGAUGCAGACCCUGCAACAAGGACAGAAGCAGCAGCUAUGGACACAGAAGAAUGCCUUCUCGAUCCUGAAGCUGGCAAACCUCAAGAAGACCCUGACAGAGAGCUUUCAGAAGUUCUCAGCAGCAGUGGGAGCAUGGACAUUGCAGAUCAGGUGAAACAGCUGGAACAAGUGCUGAGCUCAGAAACAACGUGUAAGGAAAUCACGCUGAAAGACGAAAACUGUAACCCUCCACAAACGGAAAGUUUGGACGAGGCAGAAGCUUUAGGAGAACCUGUUGUCAAUGAGGUGGUGAUGCAGGCUGUUGAGGCUCACGAAGAGACACCAGUUUUUAUCCAAACAGCGGAGGGCCUCGUCCGACAGAGUGCUGAAGAACUUGCUUCCAAGGGAAUAGUGAUUGUGAACGGGCCCGAUGGCAGCACAGUGCACAUCGAGGCUCCAGAAGGAGUUCCUUUAGAGACUGUCCAUGCUCUAUUAGGCAUUGAAACCGAGAGAAAGACUUGAGUAAGCUCAUCUGAAACCUUUCUGAAAUUAGUUAGCCAUUUCAAGACAAUUCUAUCAACGUGGUGUUUUUUUCCCAAGGAACUUUUUAUUGCAGAUUUUUGUACAUUUGUAAAAACAAAGUAUUAUUAUUAUUGUUCCAGAUUUUGUGCAUUGUUUUGGUUCAGUCUUUUGUUAAAAAAAAAAAAAUGUAGGAGUUUGGUCACAUAGACCUUAUGGCUUCACAUUUCAUUGCCAACAUUGCGUGUCUUCACGUACUAUGGCCAUGGCAGAACUCAGUACCUUGUACACUGUAUACUAUGAAAAACUGUACAGUAUGACAGUGUGAAAUACUUAAUGCUGAGUUUAAAUAGAAAAUUGCUUUAAGCAAUGAGGAACUGCUCUUGGUAUGCGUUUUGGUUUUAAACCGCUUAAGGAUGAUUUAUGGACUUCAAGAUGUGCAUUUAGUUCUUUCUGAGAGGAAAAACAAUUGAAAUUGUUAAACUAAUAUGUACAAAAUGCCCAGAAUGAGACAAAAAGUUAAUAAGUGGAUAAACAUGUCUUAAUUGUGUAAAAUCCCAGGUUACCUCUUGUUUCAUUGUUACAUGUUAAAUAGUAGUUUGUCCAGUUCAAUAGUUGUUUAAAAAGCACUAUUUUAUUACUUUUUAUAUAAUCUUUGGACAUACUGUGUUUUUUCAAACAUCUCAACAUUUGUAAUACAAAGAGAAUACAUAAACAGAUGACAUUAAACCAAUAUUUGUGAUUGA